CUACAGACCAGAGCUUCGAUCCCGCACUCGCCAUUGCCACCGACGGCAUUUCUGCUCGACGACAUUCCUUUGGACAGUCUUGCAUCUGGUCGACGCCGCGUAAGAGAAGAUGGCUCGAACCAAGCAAACCGCGAGGAAGUCUACUGGUGGUAAGGCUCCGCGCAAGCAGUUGGCCACUAAGGCCGCGAGGAAGUCUGCUCCUGCAACUGGGGGCGUCAAGAAGCCGCACAGAUACAGACCUGGAACCGUUGCGCUUCGUGAAAUUCGGAAGUAUCAAAAGAGCACAGAAUUGCUGAUCCGCAAGCUUCCUUUUCAAAGGUUGGUCAGAGAGAUUGCUCAGGAUUUCAAGACCGACCUUCGUUUCCAAAGUUCAGCGGUCCUAGCCUUGCAAGAGGCGGCUGAAGCUUACUUGGUUGGUCUUUUCGAGGACACAAAUCUGUGCGCGAUCCAUGCCAAGCGUGUCACUAUAAUGCCUAAAGAUAUCCAACUUGCACGGAGGAUUCGUGGAGAACGUGCUUAAAACGCAUCAGACGGUCAGUUCUGACAAGACCUCGUGUGUAGACAGUAAAUGACAAGGAUAGAGGACUCCGGGACCAGAAAUUGGCCUGGCCCUGUAGAGGAUAUUUUGAUAGGACGUGCACCUGACCCGGGCAGGAAUUUUCAAGCGACCACAAACUCGUUGGCCGCGACACUGUACAGAAAAUCGUAGAAAUCUUUCUGCUGUUCACGCGAAGACAUAAGAAAUAAACUUUGCUUACGUGCGUCAGUAGAUCGGCAUCUCGCAGCUCCCUUGC